UUAUUGUAAUUCAAAUGGGGCAUAUUAUUAACUUGGAAUUAUGAUUGGUUAUAUUAAAGGCCAACUUGUGCGGAAAAAAAUAUAUAUACUAAAAAUAAAGUAAAGUAUCCGUACUAACACAUCGUCAACUAUGCUUGUAAUAUAAUUCAUUAACAUGAUCUUUUCAUUCUUUUCUUUUUUUCUCUUUUCCUUCAAAAUUAUAAAAUACUGCAAAUUGUAGUACUACGGUUUAUCAUAGUUAGUAAGCAUUUGGUGCUUUGUUUUAAGGAAAAAACGAUAUUGUUCGUAGUCUCUCUCUCUCUCUCUCUCAAAGAUCGAAAAUAGAAAGUUCAUAGCCUAACUAAGACGUUUCUUUCUCCCAUUCUUCUCUUUCGAUUUUUUUUUUUUUGGAUUAAUGGAGAUGAUAAGAAGAGGUGGUGGGAUCCCCAACGGCGUCGUUCAAGUACCUAAUCUUGCUGCUAACAAUCUCUUGCACAAGUAUUUCAUCUCAAGCAACUAUCUUUGUCAAACAACAGACUCUGAUCAGAGCCGGGAACAAGAAUCGAACAAGAAAGAAGCUCAAGAAGAGGAGGAGGAUGAGGAGAAAGAUGUUGAGCUCACGUUAGGUCUUUCUCUUAAUGGACAGUUUGGUACGGAUCCGAGAUCGAGGAAGAGGAAGAACUCUGAAUUGGGUCGAUCUUCUUCCAUACCCCAAGGUUUCUUUUUCGUCGAUGAGCUAAGAUCCGGCGGCGGAGAUACGCAGCGUGGUGUUAAAGACAUGUUCCAGCUGGAUCGGACGCGUUCUCUGCCUGUUGUCGUAACCGAGAUGGAGACAACAGAGAGGAAGAGGAUGCGAUCGGAGAAGACGAGGGCAUUUAUGGAAUCUCCGGUUCAUCCUCUGUCAAAAGAUAAAAACAGAGCCCAAACCGCAGAGGCAGAGGAAGAGAAGACGAGGGCGUUUUCGGAAUUCAAGAUUCCUCCGACGAAGGAAAAAGAUGAAAAAGAUCGGAAGGGUAAAAAUGCGAGGAAGAAGAAUGUGCAAGUUUCGGGAAUGGAGAAGGCGAGGAACAUCCUAGAAGACAUGCCGUGUGUGUCGACGAGAGAUGUCGGAGCCGACGGGAAACGAGUGGAAGGGUUUCUGUAUUGGUACGGAGGGAACAAGGAGGAGGUCAAGAUAGUUUGUGUUUGCCACGGCAGUUUUCUUUCACCGGCCGAGUUCGUUAGGCACGGCGGAUGCACCGUGAGCGACGACAACAGUGGUGGUGAUGUUACCAUUAACCCUCUUAGACAUAUUGUUGUUAAACUUCCUUCUUCUUCCUUGUAGUUCAUUUGCUAGGGUUUAAUCCCAACUAAUACAGAGACUCUCUUUCAUUCUUUUUCUUUUAGUUAAAACAUCAAAGUUGCUAUUAAAGAUGAACCCCAGUCAGGUUUAGAGAUUGUAAAUACAUUUAUAGAAUACGCGGUGUAUUUGCAUUGAUCCAUUAAGCUUUCAUAUACUGGGUUGGAGAAUUAAUGAACUUGAGUUGGUUUUGGAGUAA